GGAACGUGUUUGAGUUUCCUUGCGCGAGGAGACCGGUCCGUCGCCAUUGUAACAUUAUCUCAACACAACCGCUAAAUGACUGAAAGCACUGUAAACCAACCAAUUUAAAGCUAAUUGAUUUUCACCAAUAAUAUACUAAAUUGAUUUUUGGACGUGAUAGUAUAAGCGAUGGAAUGUUCUUUGGACCCCGUUAAUAACCGGGCUGUGCGCUGCCUAGUAGACGGUCUCUCCCUGGCUUUUUCUCUGAUGUGUAAAUAAUCCGCCUUCUUCGGGAGACGCAGGCUUCCAAGGAAUUGUGAAACCACGCUCCGUGUAAAAUCAUGUGAUUUGUAAUGGGAACAUCCGGGCAUUUUGGUUGUGAUCUGUGACGGCUACCUUAUGCUUCAGUUUCUCCAAUGUCUUGUACAAGACGUGUCCACAACAGAGUGAGAAAACGUCCGAAUGACUCGGACGCUUGACGCGCAAUGUUUGUGCCUCGGGCGCAUAUACACCUCAACAAUCCGAAUUCUUCUGGCAGGUCAUGGUUUUCCCGGAGGCCCUCAAGAAAAAAUGUCGUCCAGAGAAAACUUAAAUGGUAUGAAUGUGUGCGCAUGCCCUGUUUAUGGCCCACUCUUAUUGGGACCACCGUGGGAGUUCUCAUCUUAAUCAGUGGGACGCUUAUGAGUUUCAUUGGGUACGAUCCUAUAAAGUUUCUAGGGAUUCCUGAAGAGGAUAAAACGAAAAACCGGAACGGUACAGCAAACGGUACUGGAUUAGAGACUGUCGAAGGUCUGAGGGUGCUGGCUUACGUGGGCCCGGUCUUUAUGGGAAUAGGGUUCUUUGUGAUGAUCGUCGCUGUGGUUCUCUACUGUGAAAUCAAGGAGAAGUACGUGUGUAACAUUCUACCUCAACACAACGUGAACGUCAAAAACGUGCAAAGAGACGUUCUGUACGACAUGAUCAUCGACGAAUUCAGGAAAAACUACUUCCGGGGAAUUCAGGUUCCUAUCCCAAAACGAACAGCGAAACAAAAGGCUAUGGAGCAGAGAUACCCUACUCUGUUCAAAGCUCUCAGCAUCAGUACACCUGCUCUGAUCAUCACACCAGAAAUUCAACGAAAAUGGAGAGACAGUUGUGAAGCUUCCCCUAACCCAAGUCGGGCACGAAGGAGGAAAUAUCUCUAUGACACAUGGCUUAAAACUUCAUCGCUUCCCAAUAUUCGCGCACGUGCUGGACAACGCCAAGCAUUGCGUCAUGAAAGACGUCAUCAAAGGAGAAUGGCAUUCCAAGAUCGCGUCUCAAAGAGUUGUGAUCAUCACGAUAUGCAAAGUAAGUCUGUUGACGCGACCAAAGGCGAGGAUCGUGGGUCAUGUUUUGACAAUCCCGCAUUUAGGACUUCUCCAACCCAGGGCAAAAUCCCCCCUGAGAUUCAAGUGAGUCCCCCCACUUCUCCAGAUACCGAGGGGGUCAGUUUGACUCAAGUUUCAGUCCAUGUAGAAGGUAGUGGAACUCCAAAUGGACGGAUUACACAUUCAUUGUCGUGUGGUGCAGACGACAGUUCUUUGAUGUUUUCUAAAGUAGCCGCGUCUUCAAAAAGUUUGACAAGCGACAUAAUGCGGUUUGACGCGCGUGGCUUUACUCUGAAGAGGACUUUGCACCCCCAGAGUUGCAUUGACCUGUGUGAUGACGAGGACACCAGUGAUAAGCAAGUGUUAGUGAAGCUCGACAGUGCGGCCGUCCAGAAAAAUCUCCAAAGCCAAUCACAACCGGGCAUUGCAAGGAAAGACAAAAUAGCCAUGUAUCAUAAACCGGGGCCCCAUAGAACUCUGAUCGGGAUAUUUAGGAGCGAGUCGUGCUUAGACCGCAUCAAGAGGUUAACGAAGCCAAACAGCGAAAAAGACAACGAAUCUUUGGAUUCCUUCACUCUCUCUGAUGACAUUCUCAGGAACUUCGAGAUGGCGGAGUUUUCACAAAGCUAGAAUUUCGUCGCAACGUUGUUAUCCAAGUAACCUGCAUAAUAGUGAGCAUUUCGUGAUAGAAUGAUUUUUCAAUACGUUCAUUACUUAAUUAGUGCUAAUAUAAUUAAUGAAUGCAAUAAGACAAGACGAGAUUGCCCAUGAAAACCAGCUGAUGUGAAUGGAGAAUGGUUGUAUAUGGUAUUGUGUUGUCUGUGAUAACGCAGGAACGCGAAUCGUCGUUAUAGAACGGCGACCGCACAAUGGUAGCUGAGUGAUAUUAACAUCAUGAAACCCAACUUUGUCAUUUCUUGAUACGAUAUUAUUUGGCAAGAAAAACGAAUUGAACAUGCAACUAGCGGAGAUACCUUGCAUUAUAAAUAUUCGUUACAUUAUUAAGCUUAUUUAAAACUUUGCACAAUCAAACUGUUUCCGAAAUAUUAGAUUUUAGUAAAUAAUAUUUAUUUAUAUUUUUGUGUGUAUUUGAAUUUAUGUUAUUGUUAAGUAGGUAUAUAGUAACUUCCACCCUUUGUGUUUAACAUUUUGCUUACUUUUAUAAUUAAAAUAGACAAAAGAAAUCUAACUGAUCUAUGUCUACAAUAUAAGUAUAGCAGUCGGUUCAGUAAAAUCAUUGCUGGACUAUGUUUAGACUUUGUUACCACAUCAAAUGCGUCAUCCCAAUGUUCAUAAAGGGCAAACACUUACUAGUAUAUUUAUGUCGAUAUAUGAUUAACGUUUUUUUUUUGUAAUAUUCUCCAACUUGUAAAAACAGUUUUUAUCACAAUAGAGUUUUUUAACGCACAAAUGGUUUGUACAUUAUGACGUCAUCAACACUUGACGGCAGUAAUUUUGUAGUCUAGUGCAGCAGUCACACGAGGCGAGUUUUCAUUCUCCAACUCUACAGAUCGUCGUUUGGAAGUAGGAAGUCGGGAUAAGCACCCGGAACGAGUUAAAAUCAAUCGGAUUUUAACUCGACUUUUCUUUUCUUUAACACGAUGUUUGUCGAAAGCAACUCGGAUGAAAACAAUUUGGGUGGAAAAUUUGAUGAGAACCCGAAUCGUGUCAGCUGUUUCUUCGUCAGUUUACUACAGUAUACAUGUUAAUAUCUCUGUUAAUAUGAAUGUACAAGUACAUGCUAUGCUGCCUUCUAUGUUUUUUAUUUAAAGUAAUUACAAAUUCCUUGAAAUUUAUUAAUACAUAAAUGUAUCUUCAGACCACAUUCCAUAUAUAUGGAUAUAUUGAAAUCUCUCAUCCGCCCGAUAAUGUUAGAAAAAUAUAUUUAAAAUGCUAUCUUUAAUUAAGAGAAACCAAGUUAGAAACCGGAUAUUGUUGCUGACACCGCGUCGACCUAUACAAGAAACAGACGUGUAGCUAUAGAUUAGACGGCCUCGGUUUGGGUUCAUUUUGUCCGUUGUCCGUCGUCUGCUGUCCGUACUGUUGUCUCUCUGUUGUCGAGCCCUCUGUGUCCCAUGAUUUUAUUCUGUAUAUUGUACGGUACAAGUUUUAAUUGUUUAGGUUUUAUCAUUAAUUCAGGUUUUGAUGGCGUGUCGUCUUAUACCGAUAUUAUUGUCUAUACAUUAAAUAUUCUUAAUAUUAUUAUUACGUACUAUCAUUUUUAUUUUUACUACUAUUAUAAUUAUCAUUAUUAUUAGUGCUUACUUUAAAAAAAAACCCAAGGAUAUCUGAGAAUUGAACCAGAACUUUCUGACAUGCAUGAAUUUAAUGUAGAAUUGAAAAUGUAUUUUCAUUCAAUAGCUUCUUUAUGUAGAGUAGGGGCAUAUACAUAUAAACUGUAUGAUUAGUACCCUGUUGUACGGUAUAGCAUACAUAACUAUUUGUAUAUAUUCUUGUUAUUUUUUUAUACCAAGGAACUAUUCGUAUUUGUUAUUUGUCUUUGUCAGACACAAUGUGUACAGAACUAUCCGUGUGCUCUGUUUUAUAUGAAUGUUUUAUGAAGUCUAUGACACCCGAUCACAAUAAAUAGAAUUACCUCGUUUCAGACAAAACACUGCAUAAUUGUUUCAUCUGCGUACGAGAAUGAAAAUCGAACACUCAGUGUGAUCAAGUUCACAGUUUGUGUACUCACUCAAAGAAAGAUGCGCCAUCUAAUGGCGCCUGUGUUUACUUUUACAAUAAUCACGUAAUGCAGGCAUACACCGGCUCUGCUUCUGUAAUUGUAUUAGCUAAUUAGACUAAUUAUUGAUGUGGCGAA